AUGCAUUUGGAACUAGCAUGGAAAAUUGUGUCCGCGUGGAUCCUUGUUCUCCAGUUUGAUGGAUCCUUUCGACCACCAAAGGAUCCAGGAUAUCCCACGGUUGCUGCCAAGAUGGCAACCUGUGCUGCGUGUUUCUUUUUCGUGUCUGACCUACAUGAUGCAUGCGAUCCUGUUACCAUUGUAUUGGGAAGCCGAUUUUUACCAAUUACAAUGGAUAUGACUUCGGCACACGCAGAGUAUGAAGGUCUACUACUGGGAUUGGAAUGGUUGUCCAAGCAUUCUCAAUCAGUGUUGUCAUCAGAUUACGUUUUUUCGACAACAACAAUAACAACACCAGAUCAGACACAAAAACUCAUCAUUCAGGGGGAUUGCAAGGCAGUAAUUGAUCAAUUGUCAGGAAAGUCAAUAUCCUGGAAACUGCAAAAAGAGCAUGACCAAGCAAUGAAGUUCUUGAAUGACUUUUCGCACUAUUUUGAUUCCAUUGACUUUGAUCACAUUCCGCGGAAAGAAAAUGUUCUGAGUGAUAGUUUAUGCUCUAAUACAAUGCUCGCAGUGGAAUCCUUUCAUUACCAACGAUGCUGCAUGGUGCUCGAUGGAGCUCUAUUGUUGGGUAACGAAAAACAUCAAUCUCACCAUGUGUCAUCGUUUCAACGAUAUAUCAACUCUGACACGAGCCUGAUUCGAAAUUCCUUGAGACCAUUUCUUUUGUCGAGAAUGCUAAAGUUGGCUGAGGAGCACAAUGAUUACCAGAGUAUGUUGCAAAUCGGAGAAUACGUUUUCACGGAAGCAAAGCAGUUUACUAUCGAAAAAGACAAAGAGGCGGUAUGGAAGAGCACCGGGGUCGCGAAUCAGGUCAAUGGCUUGCGAGGAAUGGGGCGAAAAAAGAAGGCCGCAGCUUUGGAACGAAAGCACCGCAUCUUGCUAAAGUCGCACAACGCAAUCCCCUUGGAGAGUCAAAACGAGCCAGUAGAAAACAGUGUCAUGCCAUGGGAUUCCACCAUCGAUGAAGCCUGGCUUCCGUUGUUGAACAAUUGGUCGCAGCACGCCACUCAACAACAAUCAUGGAUAGAAACAAACGGAUCAACUAUUUGGUCUCAGCUACAUGCCCCAAUUUCUCCGGAAGAAGAUUAG